CGCCAGCCCAGGCAUUCGCGUUUGACACAUGAUACCAGGGGUCAGAUUCAUUAAAUCCAUCCAUGUCGCAACAUUUGUACUUUGACGGUAUCUUCCCUGUCCCGGCAGCAGGAUGAGUCACAAGAUAUGGACAUUCUCACGCGCCUGAUCGCAGGCUCCGGCACGUCACCAACCAAACAAAGAACAAAUACACCCGCUGAACGCCUCUCUACCUGCAAAAGCAUCUGCAAUACUCUGACGCAGAUAUGGCGUGGGGGUGCUGUCGAACGCGAAGAGGACGCCGCCCUGAGUUACACCACCAGACUCCUUCAACGACUCGAGAACAUUCUUAACGAUGAAUCCCGAAGAGCAGCACCGCACUCGUGUUUACGCUAUGUUGUUUCCAGCCAAACCUAUAUCAUCAUCACGAAGCUAGCAGUGUCUUCUCGAAACACCGAUAUCAUCGCCGUCUCGGCUCAGCUCUUCCAUAUCCUCAUCAAUGGCGAGGCCGAGGGAUUGCUGGACAGCAAAUUGUUCACGAGAUCCUUGUUGGAUCUCGUUUGCUACGCUACAAUAGGAGGACAGGUGAUUGUUGAAGAGCGCCUGGAGACCGAUCUUGUUGAGUUGUUGUUCGAGAUUGCUACAAAGAUCAGACUGGAUCCAGAUAUACUUCCCGCAUGGUUUCAUCCGGUUCGAGAGACCGCGCGAGGCCGACAAGGCACAGACGAGACUAGGAGGAGUCAGUUCCCGUUGUUCUUCGUUCUGGUCCAGUACGUACACCAUGAUGGCUCGGUCGGUGACUUUGCCCGGACGGCAUUGCUCUAUUUGACGGAGACAGCCUCCAAGUUCAAGCCCUUGGAAACAUGGAUGAUUGAGAGCGACUUGGCACCGCAGAUGGCUAGCGGCCUAGGUGCUCUAUACAGCAGGUUGGGCAGACAGUCGACGGCAUUGACGCGAGACUCGUCAAUACUCCCAAUCGUCGCUUUGUCAGAUUCUGUUCAGAGCUUCGAUUCGCUUGCAGAGUCAUCCAGAUCUGGGCACCAGGAUGUGAAGGCUUUCUUCUCCUAUUUGGCAUUUUGGCAGGACACGCUGAACCACUGCAAAUCCCUCGAAGUGAGCGAUACUUUGUUGGAUCACUUCCAGGUAUUAUUCGUGCAGCAGCUCCUAUAUCCGUCACUGCUUGAAUCCUCAGAUGUCGAAGGUGGUUCGACAGCCGCAGUCAUUACCCACCUCUCGCGAAUGCUACGUGCUAUUGAUCACCCUCAACUUGUGGACCGAAUACUACGCUACCUGUUGGGCUCACCCAGCGCAUCCAAGAUCUCAAAGGAAAAGAAUCACCGACGACAGCGCAUGUCUAUCAGCCGAAGCAAAUCGAUUGACCAGUUGAAAACCCUCGCAGACAUGACAGACAGUCCAUCUCCCAAUCUUUUCAAUCUCCCAGAUCUUCUGGUUUUGAGCUUGAAAUCAAGCCAUUCAGAAACUGUCAAUGCAUGUCUCAAGCUCUUAUCAGUUAUCGUGGAAAGGCAUCAUUUUCAUGUCGUUACCAAUCUUUUCAAAGUUGAGCCGGUCAAUACCACACAAAGGCUAACGGGAGUCGAUGAACUCAAUGGCUAUCUCUGCAAGUUGUUCGACUAUUCGGAAGCUGUAGCCAAGGACGCUGAUUUAGACGGCUCUUACCAAGCUGCAUUAUCGGAUGGACAAGUUUUGCUAGAGCAGCAUAGUUGUCUCAUCUGUGGUCACACGGACGACCAGCUACUCGAUGGACGAGUCGUGACAAUUACCCGUGGGUGCAAGUUAUUCGAAGCUGUGGCUAUGUUGCUGCAGAAUUUCUUUGCCAACGAUUCGGUCACAAAUCUCUACCUUACUGAAGCCUUGGUCUCCUUGACGGCAUGUGAGCAUAUGGAUCUACAAGGAUGGCUCCUGCCACCCAGGGCUGGUCAAGCCGAGGAUAAUUCGACGUACAACAUCACGUUCGUCAUCAGUGAGCUCACCGAACAAGUCCGCGGCUGGAGGUCACAGUUCCCUGGAUGGGAUGUGCUGGUAUCUGGAAGAAGACUCGAACUCUCAGAAGAAGAUGCGCCAGCCUUUUCCUUGAAACAGCCCAAUAACCUCGCAACGGGAUUGAUGGGUCAAUCACCGUCCAGUGCAGUCUCAAUACCACAAUCUCGGCCAACGACUCCCAGAGGCAGAAAGGUCACGACCACCGAGUUCGGCUCCAUCGAUAAUGCCAUCGCAAAAUCGGAAGGAAAUCGUGCAAACCUGGCGGAACGCACCGUCGGUCAACCUCCGCUGCGUCAGUCAUUGCAGGCCGAUGAAGAUGCUGGUCCCGUUUUCCCCCAAGCUCCUGAUAUAAAUUCAAUCCUCAAAACCCAGGUCAACGUGUCAAAUGCGAAGACACCCAAAGAAGCAUCGGAAUCCUUACCAGUCCAUGCCGGACGCAAGCAAGACUCCAGUUUAGAAAUGUCAGCUGUUCCCACUGGAUUGGCGGACGGUAGAAAUUCUGGAUCCAGCACUCCAUCUAGUCGUAAUGACACUGGGUCGCGGGCUUAUGCAAGCCUGAGCCAUGUCUUGACAAACGCUGUGAUCUUGCAGGAAUUCAUCCUCGAGGUGGCAGCGAUAGUACAGCUGCGAGCGACAUUCUUCGAUGAAGUGGCACUCGAAGCGAAGGCCAUGGAGAAAUGAAUCCGGCCGAUUGUAUUGAUUUUACGUUUCGCCACA